ACACACAGACACUAUACGCAUGCACACAUCACUUCGCAAAUCGCUACGUUGUACUUGUAACUAUUCUCCAUGUGGGGGCUUUUGUUUACUCGUUUGGUGACAAACAUGUAGGCUUACUCACUAUUAAAUGCUACUGCUAUAUUAGAGCCUACGCUCCGAUAUUCCGCAUAUUGUUUGAGAUUUUCCCUGUUGCAGUGGUCAUGAUACGGCAAGUCUGAGAUCAAGAAAGAUGGCUAUGAAUUUGAAGACAUUCGUCAUCCUUUUCACACUGAUGAGCUUUUUAUUUCACACAGGUGGGACUCUUAAAUUUUACGAAAGUGGCGCUGUGGCGACUGACGUACAAUUAUGUUCAGAAAUGGGAAGGGAUAUCCUUGAGAAGGGUGGAUCAGCCGUUGAUGGCGCCAUUACCAGUGCGUUGUGUGUGGGUGUGGUGAACAGUCAGAGUUCAGGCAUUGGCGGUGGUUUCUUCAUGGUGAUCUACACCCGAGCUAGCGGCAUGGUCGAGUCCCUGGAUGCCCAGGAAACGGCACAGGCUGCCACUUAUCCAGAGAUGUUUGCUGGCCAAGGGCCUGACGGUGCAAAGUACGGAAUGGAGAGUGUCGCCAUCCCGGGUGAAGUGAGAGGUAUGUGGAAUGCUCAUCAGAAGUAUGGUAAACUACCCUGGUCCGAUCUCUUCCAGCCUGUCAUCAAUAUAUCAAGAAAUGGUUUCACCGUGGGAGCACAUCUUCACCAUGCCUUACAGAGCAUUGAAGAUCAGUGGGACGAAUAUCCUAACAUUCGGAACCUAUAUUACAACGCCGAAGAGGAGCGUGUUGCUAUUGAGGGUGAUGUCAUUACUAACCACAAUCUAGCCGACACACUACAAGCGAUUGCUGAAAACGGAGUGGAGGAAUUUUACCAGGGGCCUACUGCUUCCAAGCUUGUUCGAGAUAUUCAGACUGGGGGUGGUAAUAUUACUAUGAGUGAUCUCGCAGGCUACACAGCGGUCUGGAAAGGUGUGGAAAUAGUAGAAGAUUUUCUUGACUACUCGAUGUACACUUCCCAGCUUACAUCUAAUGGACCAUUUUUUCAGUUCAUACUAAGGACUUUACAAGAGUUCGAUCUUCCCACCUCUGAUAAUAUGACAUCAGAAGAAAGGAUCCUCUUGUAUCAUAGGUUUAUAGAAAUAUGUAAGGUAGCCUUUGGACUCAGGACCAAGCUCGGUGAUACAUGGUCGGAGGAGGUCGAGGAGACUCUCGAUGAUCUUCGCUCGCUUGAAUUUAGUCGGUAUGUCAGAGACUUGAUUACAGGCGCUGAACCGGACGUCUUCUCUACAUCUUCACACGACUAUGUCAUUGACCAAGCAGUUAAUAGCCCGCAGGUCAGAAGCAUCGACAAAGACCCGGAUGUUGGUGACACUAGCCACGUCAGUGUUCUGGCUCCUAACGGGGAUGCUGUGUCAAUGACAACAUCAGUUGGAUAUUAUUUCGGUUGCAAGGAUGCAUCACUGUCAACCGGCGUCAUUCUCAACAAUCAUCUAAGAAACUUUUACUUCGACACAAAAUACCAAACAUGGACCCUACCAGCGAACCAACUGUCACCUGGCAAACGCCCUCUAUCGACCAUGGGACCCACCGUCAUCAUCGACAGUGAUGGGGAUGUCAAGAUGGUCAUCGGAGCGUCAGGCGGUUUCCGUAUUCCGACCUCCGUUCUGUGGGUCAUCCUGCGGACUUUGGUCAUGAAUGUUUCUCUAGACGAAGCCAUUAAUGAACCUCGGAUUCACAAUAAUCUUAUGACGAACAAGGCUUUCAUUGAAAAUGGUUUUCCUCAGAGCAUCGUAAGCGCGCUUCAGGAUCGGGGUCAUAUCGUAGCAAACUCGUCGUCUUACGGGGUUGUUCAAGGAAUACUCAGAACGGAUGAUGGAAUCGCCGCAUAUUCGGACCCGAGAAAAGGAGGAAAAGCGGCAGGAUUUAGCCGGUCAAUGUCACCAAGCAUUCACAAGUUUUCAUCUGUCUUUCCUUGUAUAAUCUCUUUCAUAUUGGUAUCAACCAGUGUAUUGACUUGAUUAUAAAUUAUUACUUAUUUUUACUUAUUCGGGAUUUAAGAUUAUUCAUUGGAUCACAUGAGAUGAACAAAUAUGAUAGAUUUGAAUCACUUGUGCCUUUUUACACCAAAGUGUAUAUUUACCUUAAAUUUUUUUUUUUUUUUUUAAUGCGUUGGCAGUUAACAAAAGGAAGGGGAGCUGCCCCUUGAGUACAGAAAUAGCUCCAUGCAGUAUCAAUUAUAUUGCUAUACAUUGCUUGCAAGCGUUGUGUAAGGCGUGGGUGCUCUUUGGGGGAUUGAUAAUUUCCCCACUGCGAACAAUGCAUGUAAAGGUAACUCUUCCAAUUACCAUAGGCAUACACGGACGACAAUGGUUCUGAAACGCCGUUGGUAAUUGAAAGUGUUACCCUUUCGGCCUUAUUGACCAAACUCUCCCAAUUUGCUAUUUGGCAGAGAUUGGUCAAUAAUGUCAAAAAUGAAUGAAUGAAUUUGAUGGGCAAGUUUACUAGAAAUGAAUCAUGUCGUGACCUUUACAGACAAGGGCCAGUAUUCCGAACUCAGAUUUAGUUUAGGUUAAUCUACGGAUAGCCAACAAUCAAAGUAUAAUUUCAAUAGGAAAAUACAUCGCUGCAAAUAGCUCCGUAUAGUUUUCUCGUAGCUCCGUAUAUUUUUCGAUAUACUUUCAUGGUCAGAAUUGCGCAUGGUAAAUAACUUAACAAGCUGAGUCAAUAUUUGCAUUAUUCCGGUGAAACAGUUCUAGGCAUGUCUUUAUGUCUUUAUUCAUAAGGUGGGCUGAUGAUGUCAUAUCCCCAUUUGUUCUUUUGUAUUUGUUCUUUUUGUUUUUUAUGAUAUGAAAUUAGGUUUAUUCAAAAACUUUCUACUAAGAACUAAACAAUUGGAUCGGACAACUGAUUAAAUACAUAAGUCAUUUAAUUAUCGCCGCAACUUAUUUCAUCAUAAUGGAGACACAUCAUUAAUACAUGUAUGAAAAAAUGCAACAUUUAUUAUAUCAUGUAAUUACAUAAGAAAAAGGAAAGUGGGGAUGUGACAUCAUCAGCCCACCUAAUGAAUAUUCAUGACGAUGUGCACUUUUUUCUUCUGACUUAUGAUUUUUAUAAAGCCCCUUUCACAAUAUUGGUGAUGCGGCUGCUUACAACCGUUGCGAUUGUGUGCAACAUAUAUAUUGUGACCAAAUGAUCGCAAACGAUCGCAAGAGCCAAUGUGAAACUCUACAGAUCGAGCAUGCGAUCUCUACACAUAGGAGUAAUGCCGAAAAUUUGUUUACAAUUUAAGUGCAUAUUGUUUUCACAAAAUAUUGAUAAACUUUAAAAUUCAAUAACUUCGUUAAUUGUUAUCCGAUUUUGAUGACAUUUUCUGCAUUUUGCUCUAUGAAUUUUAUUCUAUUUAUUUGGAUAUAAAUAUUUUCAGCCCAGACCAUCCCUUUAAGUGCAGUCGGGUAGAAGCCGCGCGCAGCCUAACCAGAAACUGCUUAUAGCCUUAGCAUUUAUAGCUCGACAGGCCUAGAGUAGGACUAGGUCCGCAACGUUAUAUUUGGUCUAAGUUAGAUUGGUUAAACACCAGCAAGGAUUAGGUCCACAAGUAAAAGAGAGAUAUAAAACAAAUAUAUCAGGCAUUUCUUUCGAAAGCAUAGUGGCAAUUAUUAAUCCUCGGUUGGACUGGCAAUGAAACGAAAAUAGUAAUUCUGCCAGUCCAACCUCGGAUAAAUAAUUCCCAGUAUACUUUCUCAAAGCCUGAUAUAUUAUCUGGGAAUAUACUUAUUGAAAAAGUCAUCUCCGUCUUGAAAGUAUUUGGGGAUAAAUUAAACAGAAGAAACAACAAUGUAAACAAGAUUUUAAGCUUUCCUUAAUUUUCAUACAGAAUUAGACCACAGGGCCUAACUUAAACUAGACUUCAUACGGACCAAGGAGUCUGAAUUCUCUAUGCCAUUCUUAUUUCAUUUGUUGUUGUUGUUGUUCUAAAGAUGAUAGAUACUUGGUUCUUCAUUUUAUUAAAUGAGUUUUUCUUGAUUUUGUUAUAAAGGCAAA